AUGAUGGCAGCACGGUUUCAACUGGUGCUGCUGCUGCUGGUAGGACUCUUGCACCCGCUCGAACUGCACGCGUUGGCGUCCGCCAUUGCACGGAUGUCGUGUGACUGUCCGCGCGGUGUCGAUAGUUUCCUGCGCGCCAACAACCUUUCCUUCCCGAUGCUGCCGAUGGUGCCGAUGGCGCGCAACCGAACUGGGGACGAGUUGUACGUUGGCUUCCUGGCAGGCUACGUCCAUUCCAAGGUCGUCCUAGGUGCGCUGCUACUAGCGAUCGAAACGAUAAACAACGAUUCCACGCUACUUCCCGGCAAAAAGCUGCGACUCCGGGCAGUCGACAUAGGAACCCAAAAGUCCCUCAAAGCGUUCCCCAUUCAGAAAAUGACCGAAAUGCGCGACAGUGGCAUAGUGGUGUUUAUUGGACCGGAUGAAACCUGCACCUCGGAGGCACUGGUUGCAUCAGCCUGGAACCUGCCAAUGAUAUCCUAUAAAUGUGCCGACAUUGCCGUGUCCGAUAAGACGGUGUACAGCAGCUUUGCCCGUACGCUACCACCCGCAACGAAGGUGUCGAAAAGUGUGGCAGCACUACUGCUGGCCAACAAUUGGCAUUGCUUCAGCAUCGUGGCCAGUAAACAUCCGGCCUGGAGUAUGGAGAUUGCUCACGCAAUUGAGCUUCAAGCAGAAUUAAAUAAUCUCACUGUGAACCACUUCCGCUUCUAUUCGGAUUACAUUCCAUCGAAAAUUUAUGAACUUCAAGAAAUAGUCGAUAACACUUAUCGAAACACAAGAGUGUACGUUUUCGUGGGCGAUCACAUCGAAAUGGUGGACUUUGUACGGUGUCUUCAGAAUCGAAAGCUUCUCAGCACGGGCGAUUACAUUGUAAUAUCGAUCGAUGACGAGAUCUACGAUCCGAACAUGAAGCGUAACAUCUACCAGGAGUACUCCGAUUUCUACCAGAAGUACUUCGGCAAUUCGAAGGAUAAGCAUCAGAACCGCAAGCGGUACAAUUACAAGGAUCAGGAGCGUUUGCAGGAAGCAUUCCAGUCGGUGCUGCGAAUAUCGCCUCUAUUUCCAAUGAACCCAAGGUAUCGCAAACUUUGCCAUCAGUUUAAGCUGUACUCGCGCAAGGAACCGUUUCGUGUGCCGCUACCAUCGAAUCGGAACAUAUUCGACGAAAUACAGGUUCCUAUCUAUGGUGCGUAUUUGUACGAUGCACUCAUCAUCUACGCCCGUGCAGCAACCGAAGUCAUCCGUGACGGUGGCGAUAUCGCCGAUGGAAGAUUAAUUAUGCGCCAUAUAUUUAACCGUUCGUACCACUCGAUACAAGGAUUUGAUGUAUACAUCGAUGGAAACGGGGACGCGGAGGGCAACUUUUCGGUCAUCGCGUUACAGAAGGACGACAAGGUGAACAACUCGCUACAGAUGUCAAUGCAACCGGUGGCACUGUUUGUGUACGGUGCGCGAAACGCUACCACCGGCACGACACUGCCCGAGUUCCGCUAUCUCAACCCGAACCGGCCAAUUAUGUGGCUCAAGGGACGCCCACCAUUGGCAGAACCCGUGUGUGGCUUCUACAAUGAAAAGUGUCGACCAAAGGCGAAGGAUUGGCGAUACAUUACCGGCGCCGUCGUAGUGAUUCUGUUCAUGGCCAUCUUUACCAUUAUCCUGUUCAAACAUUAUCGCUACGAACAGACGCUGGCGUGUUUGCUCUGGAAGGUGGACAUGAAGGAUGUGAUUCUGAUAACUUCGCCCGACGCACUGUACAACAACGAGCUGCGGAAGAAUCUUGUAUGCCAGCAAAGCAUCAUGGUUAACAACGCCGCAGAUGCCAACAAACGAGCAUACACGACAAUUGGUCUUUACCGUGGCAACAUCGUUGCAAUCAAAUACCUACACAAGCGAUCGGUCGACAUCACGCGCAACAUUCGCAAGGAGCUAAAGCAAAUGCGUGAAAUACGUCACGAAAACCUGAUCACGUUCGUCGGUGCAUCGAUCGACCACGGGACGGUGAGCAUCCUGACAUCCUACUGCGCCCGUGGCAGCCUAGUCGAUGUGCUUUCGAACGAAGAUCUCAAGCUAGAUCACAUGUUCGUCUCAUCGUUGGUGAGUGACAUUGUCAAGGGACUAAUCUACCUGCACGAUAGCGACGUUGGAUCGCACGGCAACUUACGGUCCAGCAAGAUACUGAUCGAUUCACGCUGGGUAGCACAGAUAGCGGACUUUGGGCUGCACGAGUUUAAAUCUUGCCAGGAAGAGCCAAGCAAGUUUGAAAAAGAAUUACGCCGAAGUUUGUGGAAAGCACCGGAAAUUCUGCGCGAUCCAAACUCUGCACCGCGAGGUACGCAAAAGGGCGACGUGUACUCGUUUGGCAUUGUACUUUACGAAAUAAUAGGCAGGAAAGGCCCGUGGGGUGAUGUCAAUAUGAGUUGGCAAGAUAUUGUGGCGCGCGUUAUGUCUCCAGAAGAGUAUGGAAUAUUUCGUCCAUCAUUGCGUGGUAUUGAUGCUCCGGAGUACGUCAUGCAACUGCUGCAUUCCUGCUGGGAGGAAGAUCCAGAAGACCGGCCAGAUAUACGUUUGGUACGGGUGAAGUUGAAACCUAUGCAAGCCGGACUCAAACCAAACAUUUUUGAUAAUAUGCUUGCGAUCAUGGAAAAGUAUGCCUACAACCUGGAAGGGAUAGUUCAGGAACGCACCAACCAACUCUCGGAGGAGAAGAAAAAGACCGAAUCGCUACUACUAAGGAUGCUACCGAAAAGCGUCGCAGAAUCGCUAAAGCGCGGCGAACGGGUAGAGGCCGAAUGUUUCGAUUGUGUGACAAUUUUCUUCAGCGAUCUCGUAGGCUUCACGGAACUCUGUGCCCAAAGUACACCGUUCGAGGUGGUAGAAAUGCUGAACGAUCUGUACACCUGUUGCGACUUUAUCAUCUCCAGCUAUGACGUGUACAAGGUGGAAACGAUCGGUGACGCGUACAUGGUCGUUUCCGGGCUUCCGUUACGAAAUGGCGAUCGACAUGCGGGUGAGAUCGCCUCGAUGGCACUGCAUCUGUUGACUUCCCUUUCGAAUCUCGAGAUACGCCACCGGCCGGGUGAAUUUAUUCAAAUGCGUAUCGGCAUCCAUUCUGGACAGUGUGUGGCCGGUGUCGUGGGACUGAAAAUGCCACGCUAUUGCCUGUUUGGUGAUACCGUCAAUACGGCCUCACGCAUGGAAAGUAAUGGGGAAGCAUUGAAGAUUCACAUCUCGUCGGUAACGUACGGAUUGUUGAAGAAGCUCGGUGGGUACAAAUGUGAAGAACGCGGGAUCAUCAAGGUAAAGGGAAAAGGCGAAAUGCGAACGUACUGGCUGAACGGGGAGGACGAUCAGAAGCGAAUGGAUCGAUUCGGUUCGAACGAUGCUGUUGGAAGUUUGACCAUACCGGAUCUUCUCUGCACUCCGGAUCAAUCGCAGACCAAUCUCAGCCGUCCAUCGCUACGGCGGAUGCUCUCCGAUACGGUUCCAGUGCUACAUGCGGCUCAUCAGCACAGUACCAGCGACCAGCAAAUACCAUCGGUGAGCUUUCUUACCCACAACGGGCCGAAUCUGGGCUGCUACAUCUGCCACAAACGAAAGCUUCACGUGGGGAACACACCAAUGGCGGACAGUACGCAACGUCUCUCCAUCAUCCAUGGAAGCUACGGUGUGGACGAAGCUAUAUGUACGUGCCGUCAGCGUAACUGCCUGCUAGAGUACUACAACGAUAAUUUGAUGACGGUGAGGACUAUUCGAGAGCCACGAUCUGCCCCACAGAUCACGUUCAUGCAGUGA